AAUGUGUCUUGAGACUUCAUCUUUCUUUAACCUUAUAUCAAACACUGAGCAUAGUUUAAAGCAAGAAGCGCCGCCUCUCCUUCUGUAAAUCCCCUCGGCGCACACCCAUUUAGAGCAGAGUUCGGAAAUGUCUAUUACUCAGAGCCUUGCUUCCUCCAUCUCCAUCUCAUCCUCUUCAUCUGCAUUCUUCGUUCCCACCAGCUUCGUCCCCAGAUUUCAGAAUGUUCAGUUUCCGGCGAAAUCCAUUGGGGUCUGUAAAUGUGUUGCUACGCCCCAAGAACAGGAGACUGUUUUCAAGACCAAGGUUUCUCGCAAUGCGAACAUAGGCAAGCUCCAAGCUGGUUAUCUUUUUCCGGAGAUUGCUAGAAGAAGGAACGCACACUUGCUGAAGUACCCUGAUGCAAAGGUGAUAAGCCUUGGAAUCGGUGAUACUACAGAGCCCAUUCCCGAAGUUAUAACAUCUGCAAUGUCAGCGCGAUCGCAUGCCUUGUCCACCCGAGAAGGUUAUAGUGGUUAUGGAGCUGAACAGGGUGAGAAGCCAUUGAGAACUGCAAUUGCUUCAACAUUUUAUCGUGAGUUUGGCAUAGAGGAUGAUGACAUAUUUGUAUCAGAUGGUGCAAAAUGUGAUAUAUCACGACUUCAGGUUGUUUUCGGGUCUGAUGUUACAAUGGCAGUCCAAGAUCCAUCCUAUCCGGCUUAUGUAGAUUCCAGUGUUAUUAUGGGUCAGACUGGACAGUUUCAGAAGGAUGUUGAGAAAUAUGCAAAUAUUGAGUAUAUGAGAUGUACUCCUGAAAAUGGUUUCUUCCCUGAUUUAUCGUCUAUUUCACGAACAGAUAUAAUAUUUUUUUGUUCGCCAAACAAUCCUACUGGCUCUGCUGCAACAAGAGAACAAUUGACUCAACUUGUAAAGUUUGCUAAGGAUAACGGGUCAAUUAUAGUCUAUGAUACUGCGUAUGCUUUAUAUAUGUCAGAGGACAACCCCCGAACCAUCUUUGAAAUCCCUGGUGCCAAAGAGGUUGCUAUUGAGACAUCAUCAUUCAGUAAGUAUGCUGGUUUCACUGGGGUACGAUUGGGGUGGACUGUUGUUCCAAAACAACUGCUUUUCUCCGAUGGAUCCCCUGUUGCCAAGGACUUCAACCGCAUUGUUUCGACUUGCUUCAAUGGAGCAUCCAACAUUGCCCAAGCAGGAGCUCUGGCUUGCCUUUCACCAGAAGGCCUUAAGGCUAUGCACGAGGUGAUUGGUUUCUACAAAGAAAACACAGAGAUAAUUGUGGAGACAUUCAACUCACUUGGGUUCAAGGUGUAUGGAGGGAAGAAUGCACCCUAUGUGUGGGUUCAUUUCCCCGGUCGAAGCUCAUGGGAUGUCUUUAGUGAGAUUCUUGAGAAGACUCAUGUCGUUACCACGCCUGGGAGUGGUUUUGGACCCGGAGGUGAAGGUUUUAUCAGGGUAAGUGCAUUUGGUCAUAGGGAGAAUGUAUUAGAGGCCUGUAGAAGAUUCAAGCAGCUAUACCAGUGAACCACAUGAUCUGAUAUGCUCUCGUUGUAUUAAAGCCAAAUAUAAUAAUUAACAAUUUUAUUGUUGGCUUUCUUUGUAUUCUCUAACUAGUAAACUUGAGCUAGUAGGAUAGUACUAUUGUUAUCUCUUAUGUUUUGGAUUGGAAUAAAGCAGAAUGCCUUUUGUUACCA